UCACGUGUAUUUUAGCAAUUGAUCAUUGAAUUACGGUCAAUUUUUUCUCUUAUCUUCUCACAGACUGUCAUGUUUUAUGAUGGCCAGUAAUUCAGAGAAUUGGGUGGAUGAAAGUGAGAAUGAAUAUGGAAAAACAUACGCGAUUUUGUUUGUCAUUGAGGUGUCUCCCAGUAUGAUGGAGCCUAUAAGUGAUGUUGAUCCAUGUUCUCUUCAAACUGCUCUCAUUUGUGCUUACCAGUUGGCUGCUCAAAAGGUUAUUUCGACUCCUAAUGACUUAAUUGGAGUUCUCUUAUUUGGAACCGAAGAAGCGACUGGAAAUGCUGAGAAUGAAUAUGUAAUUUUGCCAAUGGAUAUGCCAGAUUCCAACCGUUUAAAACACCUAAAACACUAUGCGAAUGAUUUCGAUUCGGUAAAACAAUCUUUACGCCCUUCCUCUAAUCCCCCCUCUCUUUCCCAUGCAUUGUAUUCAGCCUCUAUCAUGCUCACAACCACGAAAAACAUUGGUCAACGACUGUUCUUAAUUACCGAUAAUGACACACCUGCGUGGGAUUCUUCACAGAAGAACGCGCUUAUGCAGAGAGCGAAGGACCUUAAAGAUAUGAACAUUGACCUUUGUCCCAUCUUUCUCGAUUCUCCAGCUCAUAGCUUUAACGUAAGCAACUUUUACCGGGAGUUCCUUAGUAUCGCCUCGCGUAAUCAUGAAACCAUACCACAGGUACAACGCGGACAAGAGCAGCUAAAUAACAUGCUGCAUGCUGUUCGGGCGCUGCAGAAACCUCGGCGCGCCCAGUUUCAUUUCAACAUGGAGUUAAGCGAUAAUGUAAAGAUUAAUGUUGAAGGAUUCGCUAUAUUUAGGCGUUUGGUGCCAACGAAAACAACAUGGGUAUACACAAAGGGUGAGCAAUUUGCAAUUGCUGUGCCGCAAAGUACGCAAGUCAGUUUCGAGACAAAACGCGUUUUAAAAAAAGAUGAGAUUAAACGUGCGUAUAUGUUUGGUGGAAAACAAGUCGUUUUUUCUCAGGACGAACUGUCAAAAAUUCGUUAUUUUGGAGGACCUGUACUUCGUAUUAUUGGUUUCCGUCCAUUGACUACAUACAAAUCCUGGAUGAACGUGAAACCUUCGCUAUUUAUACGAGCAAAGAGCAUUGAUAUAAAAGGAAGUGAACUGGUUUUUUCCGCUCUGCAUGCAAAGCUCCUGCGUGACAAUUUAUUGGGUAUUGGAUGGUUCAUUGCAGAGCAAAAGGCGACUCCGUGUUUUGUAGCAAUAAUAGCGACACCUACUUCAACAGCGGUUCUCGACGACUUUGUACUUCCACAGGGUUUCUUCUUAAUUCAAUUGCCAACCGCAGACGAUAUUCGUACAGUUCCUCCGAGAACCAAAGCAAAGCCUGACAACACGCUAUUGAGUGGUUUCAAACAGAUUGUGCGAGGAAUCGAAUUAAGAAGUUUUUAUCCGGGCAAAUAUAGCAAUAUAGCUUUGCAGUGGCACUAUACUAUACUUCAAGCUUUGGCUUUGGACGAGCCUGUGCCGAGCCAACUAGUCGACACCACACUGCCAAAAUACGCUGCAAUUGAAAAACGAGUUGGUCCGUUUAUUAAGCAAGUAAACGGAGCUGCAAAUAGAAUAAGUCGUGCUCACACUUCGCCUAAGGCAGAAACUCAAGAAACUGUUGCAGCAUCGGAACCGAGGGAGAUUCGCAGCAGUUCCAGUGCACCAAAAGCUAAACGCAUUCGGACUCAGAAGAGCAAUUUCGAUUACAGUGAUGAUACCGUUUUAAAAUCGCUCAGCGAUAGUGAUAUGCUGGCGGACAGCCUGAAAGGACUUAAGGUUGUCAAUCUAAAAGAAAUUGCCAAACGGCAUGGCAUUCCAACUUCGGGCAAGAAAUCAAUGCUAAUUGAAGCGAUCUGUCGUUAUUUUACGGGUUAUUGA